CUGCGCUAUCGCUAUAUAACUACCGUACCAUGCAACAUAUGCAUACAUUUAAGAUUCCCGUCAAAAUAACCGUACCAUACAAAUCCGGCUUCUUGGCGUAUCGAGAAGUCGAGCAUUAUGUCACGUUGCUGGAGACGCUUAAGAAGGAACACCCCCAGUGGAAGCCACAGGUGCUUUUGGUGGAUGGCAAUGGAAUUUUGCACCACAGAGACUGUGGCUCAGCCAGCCAUCUAGGAGUUGUGGCUGACGUGCCCACCAUUGGUGUAGCCAAAACACUUCUUAUUCCAGCGGUUCAAGCCCGAAGUGAGCGAGAAUUCCGAGAAGACAAUAUCAAACACCUUUGCCAAAACAGAGGCACGGCUCCAGUGAUUGGAAAGGGCAGGACCGGCAUCAUUGGAGUAGCCAGCGUCAACAAAGGUGGAUCAACACCCGUCUAUAUUUCAGUGGGCCACAGAGUGUCUCUGAAUACUGCAAUCAGAAUAGUCCAGCAGUGCUAUCGAGGCAAUUGUAGAAUUCCAGCUCCUAUAGACAGUGCUGAUCAAGAAUCCCGGCAACAGAUUGGUGCAAGAACAAGAGGCACUCGUCCGCGUGUGAAUGCCAAGCCUAGAGAUCGCAACAGUUACGACGGAGCAGUGCAGCAGGUCGACAUGGACACGUCAGGCAGCAAGGAUUCCACGACUUCCACCACACAUGACGUUCCGCAGGAUACUCAGAAUACAGCUCCACUGAAGGCCCAGCCAUCAGCUAACGCCCAAGGGACUCCUGGUUUCCCUGCUCGUCAACAUGGCAAGGCAGCUCACACCUCCCCAGACGACGAGGGCUUCACCUCGGCUACUGGAAAACAUACAUUCAAGCCCAAGCCAUCAGCUAACGCCCAAGGCACGCCUGGUUUCCCUGCUCGUCUACGUGGCAAAGCAGCUAACACCUCCCCAGACGACGACGGCUUCACCUCGGCUACUGGAAAACAUACAUUCAAGCCCAAGGCAUCCCCGUCAGUGCAACACUUCACCCGAUCCACAGGUAACAUGGGCUAACGAAGCAUCAGCCACCGAGAGGGAAAGGCAUUUCGAACCCGUUGCAGCAUCGCAUCAGAGUCUGUCACACGAUAAACUGCUGGAACUGUAAAGAUAGGCUUCAUUGAUUCAUGCAGCCUUCAACAUAAGAUACACCACAUCACUAAUCCUCUCCAGGAACGCACUGGGAUAUCCUGCGCAGAUACGUGGAUACAUUCUACGUAGAUCGAAGUCAUAGCACGAGAGAGAACCUUGAUGACUAUGCUCUUCUACACUUUGUUAUGUGAGAUUGUCAACUCGCUUGCUAGCCUUCCUACUUUGUUGAAUCCCAUUUAUUUUAGCAUUCCUGAUGUGGGUCCAUACCCCUGCUUGAUGAUUUAACUCCAGUUACUUUCAUUGGCUACCUUUAAUCCCGUAAAUUCCACUGAUGAUCGGGCCAGAAGAUAUAUUUCUCGCCGGCCGAGCGGAGCGAGUGAGGUUAGAAAUGAUUUCUCGCGCAACAAAAUUAUUUUUCUUGCGAAUAUGGAAUCUGGUGUUUUCUCUUUUUGUUGCAGUUCUUUUUGCCUGACUUCUUCGGUCAGUGCUUUGUGUCUCACCAGUGUCCCCACCCUCCCACGUUUCAUGUCUGCCCGUCGUCUUCCCUUUCUUUCUUGGCUGUAGAUAUGUUGUGCAAGUUUUAUGCUGCCAUAUUACCACUUGGGGUUAUACACCCGGUCUUUUCCCUCAUUCGUGCGUCCGUCGGCGCGAGGGUUUUUUCCCGGCUGGCUCGGUCCAGAGAAAUUAAUCUGACGGUCCCAAGUGGUGCUUGUCCUGACUUAUUUAUGUUAGGUGAAUGCAAUCACUUUUCCUCCUGGGGUCUGUCUCCCUGUUGUUGCUCCUAGUUUCGUCUGCAUUCUGGUUCACAUCUGGCUACGGCCUACUACACUCACUCUGUGUGCUCCUGCCUCUG